GCUGUAAUUUAUAAGUGCUCAAUUCUUUUCAGCGAAUAAAAAGAUAAAAUGUAUAAAUAUAAAAAAUUGGAAGUUAAGUGAAAUAAAGGACUACCACAUUAUUUUACACACAACUGGUUUUGUUAAAAUGGGGACUAAAUUGAAAUUCUUGUUCUUCCUGGCAAUAUGUAUCUCUGUGGCGAGUGGAUUUUCAACAGACAGAAAUAGUUUAGUCGUAUCUGCAACAGACGACACAACUGAAGCUCCAAAUUCAAAGGAAGAUGCAGCACCUGUAAUUCCCAAAAUUUAUGAAAUGAGGGUUAAUACUAAUGUCUCCAAUCGGUUUGCUAAAACUUCCGUCGUCAGUAAAGUUAAAAAUUUAGCAAAAUCUGCUCAAGAAGCAACUUUCGCCGUAGUAUUACCCGAAACUGCUUACAUUUCAGGAUUUGUAAUGGAAAUCAACGGAAAAAGUUAUAAAGCAUAUGUUAAAGAAAAAGAAGAAGCUAAGCAAAUUUACAAUGAGGCGAUAGAACAUGGACAAGCAGCAGCACAUGUGGAAGCAAAUGCACGAGAUUCCAACAGAUUCACUGUAUCAGUAAAUCUAGAACCUCAGUCAAAAGCAAUUUUCACUCUGACUUACGAAGAAUUACUUCAGCGGCAAAACGAACAGUACGAAAUCGUUCUUAAUAUUCAUCCUGGACAACCUGUCAAAGACUUAAUUGUUGAGGUAAACAUUGAUGAAAGCAAGCCUUUGAAAUUCGUAAAGUCUCCACCAUUACGAUCAGGAAAUGAGAUUUCUAAAAAUGAUGACGAUAAGCUUGCAUCUUUAGCAGAAAUUGUUAAUAUUAAUUCGACAAGUGCAGUUGUUAAAUUUAGUCCAAAUAUCGAAAGACAAAAGCAGUUAGCGACCGGUUUAGGUACUAAGGAAGAAAAUGGAUUAGCUGGACAGUUUGUGGUUCAAUACGAUGUUGAAAGGGAUCAGCAAGGAGGAGAGAUUUUACUUAAAGAUGGUUAUUUUGUGCAUUUCUUUGCACCUAGCGAUAUACCACCUCUUCCUAAAGAAGUUGUAUUUAUUUUGGAUACCAGUGGUAGUAUGGAUGGCAUUCGAAUCAAACAGUUGAAAGAAGCGAUGAAUAGUAUUCUUACCGAAUUAAAGAAGGAAGACUUAGUUAACAUUGUGGAAUUUAGUUCAACUGUAAAAGUAUGGAAUGUUCCUAAAGUUGAAGUAGAUUAUGAACUUGGUGAUGACCCGUGGCCGUCGUACACGAACCCAGAAAUACCCAAGAAAAACAAAACCAAUCAAGUUUUACCCCCACCAUAUGAAGCAACUGAAGAAAAUAUAAAUAAAGCUAAACAAGUAGUAGAGAAGCUAAGUGCUUAUGGCGGGACUGACAUCAAGUCCGCGCUAGAAGUUGGUCUUAAAAUUAUCAAGAAAAAUAGAGAAGACAAAGGUAAUACCCACCAACCCAUCAUUAUUUUCUUGACAGACGGAGAACCCACUGUUGGAGAAACUACCCCAGACAAAAUUACAUCCGCUAUAUCUGAACUCAACACUGGCGCCAUCAAAUCCCCGAUCUUUUCGUUAUCUUUCGGAGACGGAGCCGAUAGAGACUUCUUACAAAAAAUAUCGCUGAAAAACUUAGGUUUUGCAAGACAUAUUUAUGAAGCGGCCGAUGCAAGUCUUCAGUUGCAGGAAUUCUACAAAGAAAUUUCGUCACCUUUAUUAAACGAUGUUUCAUUUAAAUACGUUUCAAAUGUAACCAAAUUAACAAAGACGCGGUUUCCCAUUUUCUUUUACGGUUCUGAAUUAGUAGUGGCAGGUAGUUUUACAGAUGAAGAAUUUACUCCUCCGACGAUCCAUGGUAAUGGUUUUAGAGGACCUAUAGAAUGGAUACCAAAAGUUGAAAAUCCUGUUGGUGAUUUAGAAAGACUAUGGGCUUACCUGACUAUUAAACAAAUAUUGGAAGCUAGAGAUGCAGCUGAAAACAAAACUGAGUAUACUAAAAAGGCUUUGGAUAUUGCAUUAAAAUAUUCGUUUGUCACUCCAGUUAGUUCGUUGGUUGUAGUUAAACCAAAUGACACCAGCGCUGUCGACACUGAGGACGCUUCCAAAAAUUCCAAUAAUAGACCACGAUUUGCAAGCACAAAUUACGCAUUGGGAGGAGGAAGCUUUGCCGGAGGUAGGAGAAAAUUAAUAAUAGCUCCAACCCUUUCAUUCCCAAGCUCAGCAUUCGCAGCAAACUCCGGUUUUCAACAAGUAUCAUAUUCAGCGCUGGGACCAGCACCAGUCGCACCUUUGCAAUAUGAAGCUGAAUCGCUCAGUGAAGACUUUGAGGAUACCUUUGUGACAACUGGUGAUUUUACAACCGUUGAACCGGAAACGGAUCCUUUCGAAGAAAUCAAAAAUAAGUUGCCUUGGUUGCAGGAUAUCCUAUCAGAAAAUGGCACUUUAACAGUUUCGUCAGGAGACCAUCAAGGAAAUUACACAUUGGCCUCCGAAAAUCAACCCGUUGGAAAAAAAUGUGCUGCUACUCCUGUAAAUGGAACGGCCGGAGUAUGUACUCCUCUGAUUCAGUGCCCUCAAGUUUUCCCUCAUUUAACGGAUGCACAGAUUUUCGAUAAAUACUUCUGUCCGUUAGAUACGUAUGUCGGGAUCUGCUGUCCUGGUGCGACUGAGAACUCUCCGUAAAACUUCUGUGAUUAAUAGAUUACACAAAAAAUGUGAAUAUAUUUUGUAAUAAAUAUGUGUUUUUAAUUGUUA